GCUGGGUCUCCCUGUUAAUGCUGCAUUGACAAUGAAUUCUGGGAUUCAUGGCAAUGGCUCAUACUAUUACCUACUACACAGCAGUACAGGAAGCCAAAGGCUAACUCAAGAGAUGACGGUUUCAAAGAUGUCCGAAACAGUCAGAGUGAAGAUUCAUUUUAGACACACAGUGAAUUAUCUAAAGAAACUGGGAGUCCCUGCAAACAACAGCAUCCAGGUAGAGCUCGGCUCCGCUGAGGGGAAGGCCUUGACAUUACAGUCCCAGUUUGGAGAUCAGCAGGCGGGAGUGAGACUUAAGAUGAAAUAUCUCCUGACGACCAAAGAGAUCAGAGGAACCAUGUGGCACAGCUGGCUGUGGCUACAGGAGCGAGGACUGCCACUCAAUAUAGAGGGCCUGUGUUCCAUCCAGGGAGUCUUUUCUCAGCUUCAGUCCAGGGCUCGGCUCACUGUGGACAGACACAAGCUGCUCGCCUCUGGCUUGAAUAUCAGUGUGGCCGAUGGACGUCUAGCGCUGCUGCUCUCCUACUCUCCACCAGCUUCUAAUCAGACAGGGACACAGCACAGUCUGGACACUACCCUGACCGCUCAGUUCAAAGGUCCUCUGCGGAGCGCUGCAGUAGACGUUCACUGUCAGGAUUGGCGAGUCCGAGUGGUGGGGGACGUAGGAGGCUGGGGGGCACAUGGAGGGUCCAAGGAGGCUAGAGUAACACUAAAACACACUGUGCAGGGACAAACUAGCCCUGCCUUACAGGUGGAGGCCUGGGGAAGACUUACUGAGUCACAGCUGAGGUGCUCCAUGGCUGUGAACCCUGAACUCAGCUCCUCACUGGCACUCAUUAUCCAGGGACACCAUCUGCCUCAUAGCAAGGACCUGAUGGUGAAGGUGGUCCACAAUAUUCCCAGGAUGUUGGUUUACCUGCCUUCUCAGCUCAAUGUCCGCUCUCAGCUGAACCAGUCUCAGUCCAGUGUUGCAGGUUUGGUGGAGGUGUUGUCGGGCAGGAGGAGGCUGUGGGCUCUGGGGGACCUGGCAGCUAUAGAGAGUGGAUGGAGACAAGUUCUAGAGCUCAAACACUCAUACCCACAGCUAAAGCCACUCCCCAGGACUGUCGCAGUGAGGACGGUGUAUGAGGCCAGGAAUUGGAGCUACCAAGUUCAACAUGGAGCUGUGUGGGGUAGCCAGGAGUUGAUCCUGUCUGGUCUCUACACUGCACCUCCAGCACUGGAGAUGGGGAACCAGAGCCUGAAGGUUCAGAUCAACUGCAUUCCCCGUUGGACUAGUUUGGAGGUGACUCUCGAGCGUUCCUUAUAUGGCCGCCUGGACAGUGUUUUAGUGGGCUGGACGAGGCAUGGCCGACUGGAGCAGGUCAGAGCUCUGAGCUGGUGGAGUCGAUCAGAGGAGACAAAUGAGACCAAACUGCAGCUGAAACAGCCCUUCUCGUCCACUCUCAGCCAGAUGUCCCUUCACACACUGUCACACAGCUCACAGAAGGAACAGCGCAGCAGCCACCAUACCCAUCUGUCAUGGGACAGCACCACAGUCCCUGUCAAUAUCUCUAUCAGUCUGAACAAACAGUGGCAGAACAACUCCAGCAGGGGGCAGGCGUGUGCUCUAUUCUCAACGCAACAGAUGUCAGUGUCUUCUGUCAAAGGUUGUGUGUCAGUGGGUCAGGAGGGAAACUUGUAUUCACAGAAUGCAGAGCUGAGAUGGGACAACAGGAGCAUCAAGCAAAACAUGAAGUACCAGAGAGGUCCACGGGGAAUGCACAGCCUUCAGAUGAAUGUUGGCCUAGACAAAGUGUCUCCUGCACCCUGUCCGUCACACACACUCCUGACUAAGAUUCAGACCAACUUCAGGGAUCGCCUGGAGCACACAGUGCUGCUUGGCCUCUGCCCCCCACAGCCAACUUUGUCGUGGUCAGGAUCCCACAGAGUGAACUCAGGAGAGGAGCUGUUUUACACACAGUCUCGUCUAUCGGUGACAGGACGGCCCCACCAGUGCAGCCUCACCUUCGCCUUGAUCAACUCCUCUACUGCUCAGGGCUCCAACAUGUCUCUGUUCUCUGAGUCUAGGAUUGGUAAUUGGAGUGUGGAGGUGGGGAGCAGUGCCCUGUGGUGGCCCCAGGGGUCUGGUCUCCAGGUGCAGGCCAGACUGGACCGCAGAGAGAAGAUCUGGCUGAACUGGACGGCAGAGGGACGAUGUCUUCAGACCACAGCAGGUUACACAAACGUCUGUUCGUGUCCAGGUCCGGGUCUGAACGAGGACGUCACUGUGGUGGCAUGUGUGGGAACAAAUCGGAGUUUGAUGCUGGAUGUGCAGAAAAGAGACAGCAGCAGCAAACCUGAAACUCUGGGCAGUGUGUCUGUGGGAUCAGCCAAUCAGAAGCUGAUGCUGAGAGCAAAUGGCUGUUUGGAAAGUCUAACUGCAUUGGAGGCACGGAUUCAAUACUUGAGCUGUCAGUUACAGAAUAAGCUGCUGGAGCGAAUCAAGACAUUACAGUACCACCUUGUUGAAUUCAGACAUCAGUCCAGGGACAGUGAGUUGCUCCAGGAGCUGAGCGCUGUACCCCUUCGUGUUUCCCAGCGAGCAGAGGCUCUGCUGGAGCACAAAGACGGAGGUUUGUUGGCUCUGUGGCAGAGCGGCCCCAUGCGUCGCAUUGUGGCCGACAGCCUGCCUCGCUUUCUCAGUCUGCUGCAGCACGCCUCUCUGCUGGGACAACAGGAGCUGAGGAGGCCCCUAGCCACUCUGGCAGGUGUGUACCAAGAUGUGAAGGGCCAGAGGCUGGAGGCGUUGUUGAGGGAGGCUGUUUCUUUGUGGACUGACCAGUUGGUGGAGGUCCUACCUGUGCUGAUGGAGAACCCUCAGCUGAGGCCACUGGCUCAGGCCAGUGUUGCCACGCUCAGCGUCGCCCUGGAUGUGGCAGGACAGCAUACCUACCACUGGGCGGAGACCAGGUUGGCAAUGGCUCUGUCUGGAAUCAGGAAACGACUGGCCUCUGUCUACAAAUUCUCCCCCAGUGAGUGUUUAGUGGUUGCAUCAUUGCCGCUGCCACCGCUGCCAUGGUCCAGGGUAUCCGAGGCUGGACUGGUGGAGAUCCUUCUGGAAGAGUGGCUCCUGAGGCCCCUGCUGACCCUCACCUCCGUCAGGCCCACAGCUGAGCUUUAUCGCCUUAAGAGGAAGAUCAUGGACAGCCCAUUUAUACACCAAGCUCUGUUGGUGGCAGAUCAGUUUGUGGUGACAUUUGACGGUCACCUGUAUGAGCUCCCGGUCUCCUGCCCACUGCUCCUCGCUCAAGACGUCAGCGCUGAGAGUUCAUUCACGCUGCUGCGCACUUCAGACUUCCUUCUGUUAGAAAUGAAUAACAGCACAGUCAACAUUCAGCCAAAUGGACAGGUGAAGGCCAACUGCAACAAUGCUGUAACACACGCGUUCCACAGUGACAGUGGAGUGGCUGUCAGGAGAGGGUCAAACAUUGUGCAGGUGUCCAAUCAGAAUGGCGUGUCAGUGUCAUGUGAACUCUCGCUUGAGGUGUGCAGCUUCACUCUCGAUGGAUGGUUGCAUGGCACGUCAAUUGGUCUGUUGGGAACUAAUGACAAUGAAGCAGGGAACGAUUUUCCUUUGCCUGAUGGAUCUCAGGCUGAAAAUUUGGAGGAAUUUUUCUAUAGUUGGCAGAUGAAACCGGAGUGUAUUAAAUCGCCAGGUGUAACAGAGCACUCUCCGAAAGCAGCCACAAGCCCUGUAAGCUGUGACUUCCUGUUUUCCUCUCCUGAUUCUCCGCUGAGUUCCUGUUUCAGGGUGGUGGAUCCUGGUCAGUUCUUGUUGGUGUGUGAGUUGAGCUCCUCCAGAGCACCGUGUAGAUUAGCAUCUGCUUUUGUUCAUCUCUGCAAGCAGAACUACAUACCUCUGGACGUCCCUGUCCAGUGCUUGAAAGUAUGAAGGGAAGACAAGCUGAUGAAGAGCAAAGAUGUGUGAUAUAUGCCCUGUUAGCUGCUAAAACUGACACAUUUACACUUUUAUACCACUUAUAUUUUGUAUUGCAUUUUGUACUCUAUUGUAUAGUUACACAUUGUUAUACCUCAUUUAAUGUACACCUUGGCCCUGUUUAUACAUGCAGAUAUUGUGCCAGCAAUGUGAAUGUGAACACGCUAACUAUAGCAAGUAGUUUAUUCUUAAUCAUAAGGCCUCAUUUUUGUAUUUUCUGUGCUCUGUAGUGCAAACACUGAAAAUAUUUGUGACUGACUUUAGCGCAACCCUAGUAACUAAUCCUCACAACCAAACUUGGAUCAUAAAGAGAUCAACAAAUGUGUUUUUCAUAAAGUGCAUUUAUUACCUUGUUGUAUACAACUGUAUGUUAAAUAUAGGUAUGUAUUUGUC